AAUGUGAUGCUGCUAGGAAGUCCAGUUCGGAUUUUUUUUACUUCUUUGGACAUUAAAUAUUGGUGACAUUGGUUUCCGAUUAUGGAACGUAGGAAGUAUAACGCCUAUAUAAAAUGGGUAUAAAUAUGAACUGCAUCUUUAUAAAACAUUGAUUGAUAGAUAUAGUUCUUACACCUGAUAACUUAAAAUGUGUUUCAGAUACUCCAACCUCAGUUUCCUUGUAUUUAUGAUUCUUCACCGACUUCACAUGCUGUUUAUUGUCGCCGACCAUUGUAAUGGACCACCUGCUAUAAGUUUUGAGGACUAUCUUGAUACAGUUUAUGCUCAAACAAACAGUGCGAGACCUGGAUGGUAUAAUUCGUUAGACGAAAGCGAGAAACGGCCUGGAACAGAAACACACAAUUUGUAUUUAUACCGAAAUGGGACAAGAUGUAACCACAGACGUCAUCACAGACAUCACAAUGAUAUCAGUUCUCUCGCCAGUUGCCCGUUUACAUUUGUAGACCAUAUAGAUGAAAACCGUUUCCCAAGACGGCUAUUACAUGCUCUCUGCUUAUGUAACCAUCCGAGAGUAUCUCCGGACAAUAGUAACAAUUACAUUUGUAAAUCUGUUGUGCAAUAUGUGAGCGUGUUCUACAAGCAUGGUUGUACUUAUAUUAGAUACUGGGAGCCUGUCCCUGUUGCUUGUAUUGCCAUUGCUAUAUCUAGAUUAGAGGCUACGUUCUCAUCAUCAACACGAAUUGUACCUGGGGAAUAAAUAUUGAAAUUACAUACAUAUUGCAAGGAAUAUUUUAAUGCUCCGUAUCAAGGCAAACGCUGUUCCAGACCGUCCACAACGUUAAAGUGUUCUUAACUUUUUUAAAUGUUUUUCUCAAAUGGGUAAUUUUAAAGAUUGUGUAGACUGCUCAACUGUAUAGGACAAAUAUGUCAAACUAUAACUAUGUUACAAUUUUUUUAUUAGAUUAUCUUGAUAUCUUUUAAAUGGUGCAUAUAUUUAUUUAAAGUCUAGCUUUUAUAGUUGUACCUUUGCAUUAUUUAAUUAUUUAAUUUAAUAUCAGUUAUAUUUUAAUGAUCUCAGACCAUUCGUAUUCUAUUUUGAAUUAUAUUAUUUAAACUUACGUAGAAACUAUCAAAUUCUCAUAUAUUUAUUCACAAAAGCAGCAGUAUUUACAUGUGUUAUUAUUCAUUUUUAAUAAACAUAAUUUUAAUUUCAAGACCGUGCCUUUUGUCUUUUAAACAAUGAUGUCUAUCAUCAUGGAGGUAAUGAGGAAAAA